AUGGCUCGACCCAGAAAAUACCAUACCAAGGCGGAGAGAAAAGAGGCAAACCGCAGAAAGAAUCGCGACUAUUAUUCGAGGAAGAAGACCGAAAUCAAUAAGCGCCGACGAGACAAGCACGCAUUAGUAGCUGCUCGGAAGGAACUCAAGCCCUGGCUAGCACUUGGUGCCCGGAAAUCUAGGGCAGUUGUCGCAGAGAAUACGACGGAUGAUGCGACAAAGAGAGCAGUGGAGGCUGCAAAACUAUUCAAGGACUUUGAGAACGAUGUCUCGCUAGCUGAAUUGAAGAACACUGCGAAUUAUCACAGUGUUCGGCUGGCUAGAUUCCGGGACCAGGUUGAUGUCCACUACGACAAAAUUCUCAACAGUGCAGGCAUUGGUCCCGAAUUCAAGGUGGUCGAAGGCAUGAAAAAUGAGAUUGACGCAGCUGUAAAGCUCGUGGAGGAUAUCGAGGGUUACUUGCUAGACGGAAUGGAGGCGCUCGUGAACGCCUUCAAGAACAAAGAAUUGGCGUUUCAGUAG